ACAUUAGCCGUUCCACCAUCGGUGUGUAACACGAGCGUUUCGCGGGCGUAUUCUUGCUCAAUCAGCGUGUUUAGCUUCGCCCGCAGAACCAUUUAAGAGGUGGAUAGAAUUUCACCCCAACCGCCCUGGCAGCCGAGUGAAAAGCGGUGCCGGAGCCUGUGUUAGACAGAGAGGGAAAAAGAGUGUGUGCCGCGUGCGAAAAGAUAACUGUCCGCAGCGUAAGCGAUUACGUGAGAACCUUCUGGCGCUGGAGAGAGAGAGAGGGAGCAAAAAACGAAAAACAAAACCAAACAUAACAUAACUCCACUCUGCCCCCCAGACCCUCCCAUACAUCAUCGCGGGUUGCCGGAAAAAUUGCGACGCGAGAAUUCACCUUCGAAAAGGAUCGCCGCGCGGUGUGAGAGAGGGACGGAAGCGGCACGCCGCAGUGGUUUGAAAGAGAGCGACCGAAAACACUCCAGCCCCAAAAUGAUUACCAGUAAAACGAACUGAUAUACGGCUGCGCGCAGCUCGUUAGUCGUCGUCGUCGUGGUGAGGUGAAGAAGUAGAAGUAGAAGGGUGGUCAGGGUCGUUCCAGCAGCAGGGGAGACGAGAGCGCUGAUUUCGUAGAUCGUGUUUUGUUUUGGGCGUUCGUGCCCCGCGCGCGUACGUUUGUGUGUGUCUCCGUUGUGUUUUGUUUUCGUUUCCUCGUUUCCCUUUCGAUCUUCAGUUCGGUGGCCGCCGAUCGUAGGGAACGCUCUUCCGGAGUCGCCACAGAGAGAACCGCAAGGAAGCCAACAACAACAAAUCCCCACCCGGCACUAAACGGAGCAAUCACCUGGUCUUUCUCAACCGCGUUCCCGAUUCAUGGCUAGUUCUAUGAACAGCAGGAAUCGCAUUCGUCGUCGACUGGCUGCGAUAUCGUUUCUGUCCAACAUCUCGUUGGACGGUACCCAUCGGGACACGAAACUAGGGCAGCUGCACGGUGGUGGAGCGGCAGGUUUAUUGCUGGCUGGAGGACGGGCAACGGCAACCAGUGCGGCCCUAGUGCUGAACAACAAUGAUCCGGCUGAUGGCGCUGGCAACGGUGGCUCGGUGCUGCAGUACGAAGAUGGUGCCGAGGACGGUUCCGACGGGCCUGGGAUACGGUCCGCAUCGGCGCUGGCGGGCGAAGCGUCCCGCUACGGGGAAUCCGCAUCCGCACACGAUACGGCCAGCCUGAGUGGGGCCGAGAGCGCUGGCACGGUCGCCAACGUCCAGCACGGGCGGGCCCGGGCCAGAACCGGAACGUUUAGCAAAAGCCCCGAGCGCAAUGCCGGCCGGCGGAUCGAUAGCGAGGGCAACAUGUUGCCGGCCGGCGGCGGAGCCAAUGGUCUUUCGACCAGGAGCACUCCGAUGAAGGACCGUGAGAACUGGAAUCCGAACGAUGGCCGAUUGAACCACACGGCGGAUAAGCGCCUACGAGCGAAUUCCGCUACGCAGCGACCAUCCGGAGCAAAACGGUCGCUGCUGAUGAACACCAGCGCUGGACCGGUGCUUGGGGGUGGCGGUGGCAGCGGCAGCGGCAGCACUGCCGGUGGCACCAACGACGAUCGUCGUCCCGGCGAUGCCGUUUCCGGUGGUGGGCCCGGGUGGCAUACGAACAGCAGCACCGAAAGCCUGAUCCAGGGCCGAGCGACCAAGAGCGUCAUCAUUAACGAUUCGGCCGUGGUGCAGCGCGAGGUGCGUUUCUACACGAUGGACCGGAACCGGGUACCACCGCACCACAACCUACAGGAGGAUCGGAUCGUGCUGAUGUCGAAGAAGGCGCCCUGUCACAUCUUCUCCGUGUUGCCGUACUGCAAAGGUAAAGCGUCGACGCGGGCCGAGCUGCGUCGGGAACGCCGCCGCCACCCGUCCGGAGCGCGACCACUGUCGUCGAUCAACGACGCUCCGUUCGACGCGUUCCGACUGCUCGGAAUCGAGCGGGGCGGUGAAGCCGGUCAGGAAGUUUCGUACGGUUAUCUGCUGAUUCCGUCGCGAAGCUAUCAUCGCGAGAAAAAGCAUACCACCGAGAAGGGGCUGAAGAGUGCGUUCGAGAUACCGAACUUUGCGUCGCUCGAAAACCAUGCCGCGGCCCGGUACUACGACACGCUGAACCGCAAUAGCACCGCCAGCCCGUCGCAGAGCGUAGCCGUCGGUGGUGGCACAGGAGCCAACGCAGGCACUGGUGGUGCUGGUGGACUGUUGCUCGAUGGCUCGAAGGAGUACGACGAUGGCUACACAUCCAUGUCGGGUAUGCAGUACUCGGCUAACAUUCUGGACGAUCCGGAGCUGAUCGCUGGCAAGCAUCGGACACUGCUGACGUUCACGUCGUACGUGACGUCGGUCAUCGACUACGUUCGUCCGUCCGAGCUGAAGAAAGAGCUGAACGAUCAGUUCCGCGAGAAAUUUCCACAGAUCCAGCUGACGCUAAGCAAGCUAAGAAGCAUCAAGAGGGAGAUGAAGCGCAUCAACAAACUGGACAGCCGCAUCGACUUUCUGACCAUCUCGCAGGCGUACGUAUACUUCGAGAAGCUGAUCCUGUCGAAGCUGGUUAACAAGGAGAACAGGAAGCUGUGCGCCGGUGCCUGCUUGCUGCUGAGCGCUAAACUGAACGACAUCAAGGGCGAAGCGCUCAAAAGUUUGAUUGAGAAAACGGAAAACAUAUUCCGCUUGAACCGCAAAGAGCUGAUUGCAUCCGAGUUUGCAGUGCUGGUUGCGCUCGAGUUUAGUCUGCACGUGUCGACCAGCGAAAUUCAUCCGCACUAUCAACGUUUGAUGUACGAAUCGUGAGGCACGCGAAGGUGGCACUGGCGUUUGCAGAAGGGGCACCAUGCAGCACCAUGAUUCUCCCCAAGCCCAGUACUUCCGCGAGGCGUCCAUUCCCCGACACCAUCCCACCCGGCACCGGCUGGCAUCCUUCUAUCUCUCACUUCCUCUCUCAGUGUGUGUCCAAAGCAAAAGUAUUGGUUGGUGCAAAAAGGAAAAUUAAUAAUGUUAUUAAAUCACAACGUAAACAGAUUACCCUCAGAGCGCGCUUCUAUAAAAAGUCGUACGCUGUAUGCGUGCAUUUAGUAAGAUUCUUUCACUGCAGAUGGUAGAGAGCGAGAAUCGAGCGAAAGGCAAAACGUAGUGUGACGCGAUAAGAAAGCGUGCUGCCGUAAGCUAAAAAUGUACUGAGCCCAAGACUGUGUUAUCGUGAAGGCGACGAGGAGUGUCUUUGCGUAAGGUUGAGAUUUUGUAUUAAAUACAGCAAGAGAGGGGAGAUCAUCAAGAGAAACAGGAAGAGAUACAACGAAAUUCACAUCACGAUCGAAGCUAAAAAUAAGUUAGAAAACGUGAGAAGAGUUUCAGAACAUCCAUCAUCAUCACAAUAGAGCCACAAAUCAUCAUAUCUUUACAAUGGACCCUUUAAACUUCCUUCCGCAGGGAAUCUUCUUCUAGAAUGCCUGAAGCUUGGACUAAAGUAUACUGCUAGUAAGCAAAUCAAAUCACCGUUUCGAUCAACCCAUCAUGAAAUCAAACCGAGAGCAGCACGUACUUAUACGAAAAUCUGUUCAAAACGACGUACUUUACCCCGAGACGGGGCGGACGAAGACGAAGUCAUCUUAUGUAUGCGUGAUUUUUAUUGUCUUUUUUGUUUGAUUAACAAUGUCUUUUUUGCGGGUGAAUGAUCGUUUUGAACGAGAAAGUCUAUAAAAUGUCGACAAACUGAGGCCAAACAACCGAGGGCGCGUUGCAAAGGAAGUAGGUUUAUGAAACCCGCCACCAGCUUCUCUGCGCCAGCUCAAGUACUUCAUCGAUUCGUUAUUGUUUUUUGGUGUUCUAUUCGUAUUUUAAGUUUUUCAAAACUUGAGUUUAGCUUUUAUAACUUCACAUUUUGUCUGUUAGUAGUUUGCGCCAGUCCGAGGUUGGAAAAUGUAGCAUUCAAACCCCCAGUAGAGCGUGUACGGCUAAGAACUUAGAAUGGGGGUAGCGCCCAUAGGCAAACCCCAACACUUUACUAAAACUUAUUGGAAAAAUAUAAAUAUAUACACUUCAUGAAC